GUCACCGGUGCCCGCCCCCCCCGACCCCCCCCCGAGCUCCCAGGCCGGGCUCCUCAGCACCAAACCCGACUACGGCCGCAUCCUGGAGGCGCAGGGGGAGGCGCUGAGCUCGGUGGAGCUGGCGCUCGACGAGCUCCAACAAGCGGCCAAUCUGGUGCAGGCUUUCAGCGAGGACAGCCGGCGGUUCUUACAGCGCCUCUCGCAGCAGCUCGGUGAGACGGAGCCCACCGGGAACCGGGGAGGGAGGGGGGGGGG